AUGGAAGUCCCAGUUCUGCUGGGUGGCAAAACAACCACCUCCUUCUCUGCAUCGUCCAUCGGGAGCAGCGGUGGUGUGCCGUUUUGCCCCUUGUUAAACACGUUCCCCAGCGCCGUCCCGGCUGUGGCUCAGCCGUGCCCUGUGGUGGGCGAUUGGAACCGGCGGGAUCCGGCCGUGUCCGGCUGGAUCCGGCCGUGUCCGGCUGGAUCCGGCCGUGUCCGGCUGGAUUCGGCCGUGUCCGGCUGGAUCCGGCCGUGUCCGGUUGGGGCAGCCCCUCCUGCCCCUCACGGUGCUGCUGCUGCCAUCGCUGGAGCCGAUGCCUGCUACAGCCGUGCCUGGUUUAAUGCGCUGAUCCCUCAGCGGGUUUCCAAGCGGGGAUCACUGGGACCUGUGGUGCAGGCCACCCCAUUGAGCUCCAAGAGGGGAAAGUUCACUUUCCAGAGACGUGUAGGACGUGGACUCCAGGGCUCCUGGACACUGCUGGUGCAAGGGACUUCUCAGGAGGCUGCACUCGGAACCCAAUCUUGCUCCUCUGAAAGGCUAUUUUAUUUGCCGCUGGGGAAAAUUUUGAAUCGUGGGGCCGUGCGCUUUCCGCAGGUGCCCUCGGUGGGCGCUGGCUGGAGGGAGGCGAUGCAUCCCGGAGCCAUCGUCCGCCACGGAGCCCGAAAAAAUGCACUACACCCGCCCUGGGAAAGACCUGGAGGACAGCUUCCGGCAGCAGCUUUAAACGUCUAAGCACCGUUUAAUGCUAGUUUUUAACAGACCAAUUUCAACACUGCAGGUGUACCAUUUAAUCUCACACCUGGAAAUAUCAUCCAAGAGAAGAUGGAAUGGAAUGUUAGCCUUUCUGGCAAGAGAAAGGGAGCUUCCCCUCAUCAUUCAGCCUCAGAGACCAGAGCUUAGUACAUAUGUGCCAGCUGUGCCAGCCUCUUGGAUACACAUUGGUUCCUGCAGAGAAUAUCCUUCCACUUGCUUUCUCAAGAACCUAGUUAACUCUUACUGCUAUUCAGCAGACAGUUUUGCUGCAGAACAUUAGUCAAGGGGUGAUCGGGGAGACAACUCUUCUGGAUUCCUUUGAAAACCUGAUUUGAACUGUUAUUUCUGAGAAGUUUCAGAAUGGAUUGCACAGAGACAGCUUUGAAAUAAGCAGUGUAACUCUCAUACUUUUCAGAGUAUCUUGUUCUGCAUUUUCCCGAAGUAUGCCACACAGCAAAACAGAGGUGUAACAGGACUGUGAAUGUCUUAAUUAAACAGGCACACUAUU